UCGACGCUGAUUGGCUGGAGCGUCCGAGGGAGGAAAAUGGCUGCGAGUACCUCGGUAGUCUCUGUGGCCACGGCAGGCGCCACGGUACCGGGCGUGUCCUCUAGCGCGGAUUUCUCAGACUUGCGAGAAAUUAAGAAGCAGCUGCUGCUCAUCGCGGGGCUCACUCGGGAGCGGGGUCUGCUUCACAGCAGCAAAUGGUCCGCGGAGUUGGCCUUCUCUUUGCCCGCCUUGCCUUUGUCCGAGCUGCAGCCGCCGCCGCCUCUUACAGAGGAGGAUGCCCAGGAUGUGGAUGCCUAUACCCUGGCCAAGGCCUACUUUGAUGUUAAAGAGUAUGAUCGGGCAGCACAUUUCCUGCAUGGCUGCAAUAGCAAGAAAGCCUAUUUCCUGUAUAUGUAUUCCAGAUACCUGUCUGGAGAGAAAAAGAAGGACGAUGAGACAGUUGAUAGCCUAGGACCCCUAGAGAAAGGACAGGUGAAAAACGAGGCUCUCCGAGAGCUGAGAGUGGAGCUCAGCAGGAAGCACCAGGCCCGGGGACUCGAUGGAUUCGGCCUUUACCUGUAUGGGGUGGUGCUUCGGAAACUGGACUUGGUGAAAGAGGCCAUUGAUGUGUUUGUGGAGGCUACUCAUGUUUUGCCUUUGCACUGGGGAGCCUGGUUGGAGCUGUGUAACCUGAUCACAGACAAAGAGAUGUUGAAGUUCCUGUCUUUGCCUGACACCUGGAUGAAAGAAUUCUUCCUGGCUCAUAUAUACACAGAGUUGCAGCUGAUAGAGGAGGCCCUACAGAAGUAUCAGCAUCUCAUUGAUGUGGGCUUCUCCAAGAGCUCAUAUAUUGUUUCCCAGAUUGCAGUUGCCUACCACAAUAUCAGAGAUAUCGACAAAGCCCUUUCUAUUUUUAAUGAGCUGAGAAAACAAGAUCCUUACAGGAUUGAAAAUAUGGAUACAUUCUCCAAUCUUCUUUAUGUCAGGAGCAUGAAGUCUGAAUUGAGUUAUCUGGCACAUAACCUCUGUGAAAUUGAUAAAUACCGAGUAGAAACGUGCUGUGUAAUUGGCAAUUACUAUAGCUUACGCUCCCAGCAUGAGAAAGCAGCCUUAUAUUUCCAGAGAGCCCUAAAGCUGAACCCUAGGUAUCUAGGGGCCUGGACGUUGAUGGGGCAUGAGUACAUGGAAAUGAAAAACACAUCUGCUGCUAUCCAGGCUUACCGACAUGCCAUUGAGGUCAACAAGAGAGACUACAGAGCUUGGUAUGGCCUUGGACAGACCUAUGAAAUCCUUAAGAUGCCAUUUUAUUGCCUUUAUUAUUAUAGACGGGCCCACCAGCUGCGUCCCAAUGAUUCUCGUAUGCUGGUUGCCUUAGGAGAAUGUUAUGAGAAACUCAAUCAACUAGUGGAAGCCAAAAAGUGUUAUUGGAGAGCAUAUGCUGUGGGAGAUGUGGAGAAAAUGGCUCUCGUGAAGCUGGCAAAGCUUCAUGAACAGUUGACUGAGUCAGAGCAGGCUGCCCAGUGUUACAUCAAAUACAUCCAAGAUAUCUAUUCGUGUGGGGAAGUAGUGGAGCACUUGGAGGAGAGCACAGCCUUCCGCUACCUGGCCCAGUACUAUUUUAAAUGCAAGUUGUGGGAUGAAGCUUCAACUUGUGCCCAGAAGUGCUGUGCAUUCAAUGAUACGCGGGAAGAAGGUAAGGCCUUGCUCCGCCAGAUCCUACAGCUGCGGAACCAAGGGGAGACGCCGAGCACUGACACGCCUGGUACCUUUUUCCUCCCUGCCUCCCUGUCUGCAAACAACACGCCUACACGCAGAGUUUCUCCACUCAACCUGUCUUCAGUCACGCCAUAGUUGACAGCUCUCAAGGCAGCGCACUGCUAGACCAGUAUUAAGCCUUACCUCCGGUAAAGAACAGCCACACCUGUUCUCCCAAGGACCUAAGCUCUUCUCAUUUUUACAGAUAGAAACAGCCUUGGGGACAGCCUACGGAAUCACCUUCAGAGGUAGACAGAAAUAUGGCGGAGGACAGGUACUGUCUGUCUUCUGUCAGCCAGCACUUCUCCCUUCUAUUCAGAAUAGCAGGUCUUGGCCCUCCCAUAGUCUCCCCACCUCCAAAAAUCCCUUUUACAGCACUUUACCAUAAGUGAUGCUACAGAAACAAGGUUUAAUGCUGCUGGAGUGGGAUAGGCAAAGGGGGGAGUAAAGACUAUCCUGCUUGUCUUCUGGUGUAGUGAGGUCAGGUGUUGACAGGGUUGUCUGUGUAGCCUACGAUGGCAUCACAGGCAUGUGUUGUGAGGCCUGGGUAGACUGACCUUCGUUGUGCAGUGUGGUCUCUAUUCUGAUGUCAGAGAUUAGGAUUAGAAUGUAGCUAUUCAUAUGAUCUUUGGGAGACAGCUUUGGAAGGGAGUCUUCUAAGACCUUUCAAGUGGAAGUCUGUGAGCAUGAACUGUAGCUCAUAUUGAGGGCCAGGAUGGCUACAGCAUCAGCUAUACCCUGACGAAAGUCAACACAAGGAGACCAGAUUACAGAUAACUUUGUGGACAUUUGAAAAUACCUUUUUUUAUUUUAGAUAUUAAAAUUCAUGCUGAUAUCUUUUAGUUAAUGCUUGAUGUAAUUGUUUUUUCCUUUUAUCUCCAAAGAAUACUUUGUUUUCAACCUUGUCUGCAAGGUUGAGGGAAUCAUCCUCUGUUCUUGUAGUUUCAGAUACACUUGAAUGUUUGUGCUAUAUGAUGCUAGUGAUCAUUCUGUGUUUAAGAUGUAAUCUUCCUUCUCUUGUGCUCAGAAUAUUUUUAUUCCCCUUUUACUUUUGAAACUAGCUGUGCAUGGUGGUGCACGUCUUUAAUCCUAGCAUUUUGAAGGCAGGUGGAUGUUUUGAGACUAGCUGUCUACCCAGCAAGUUCCAGGCCAGUCUGAGCUACAUAGUAAGACCUGUCUUGAAAAAAAACCCAAACAAACAAAAAACAAAACAAAACCUUUUGAAUGAAUAUGUAUCGCCAUUUGACUCAUUUCAUAGUGCGCCUUAGGCUGGUUCCCAUUGCUGUUCCUGUCCAAGGGUCCAACGGACCAGAUGGUAUUUAUAUCAGUUUCUGUCCCCCUUUUUAUAUUUUUCUAAGUUUGGAAUCCAAAUAAAAGCAUAAAGUGUCUUUA